AUGCCGCUCACAUACUCAACCAUCCCGCUCAAAGUCAAUGGCGUGCGCCUCGAAAUCUCCACCAUCCACAACAACAAGCUCAACUCCAACCCACCAAUCGUCUUCCUGCACGGCUUCGGCUCCUGCAAAGAAGACAUAGCCGAUAUAAUCGUGCAUCCAUCCUUCCAACAGUAUGCCUAUCUGGCAUUCGACGCCCCCGGGUGCGGACACUCACAUACCGACGACCUUUCCGUCGUCGACAUUCCCUUCCUAGUUGCCACCGCGGAAGCGGUCCUCGCGCAUUUCGGCAUCGAUCAGUUCCACCUCAUGGGCCACUCCAUGGGCGGACUUACUGCGCUUCUGCUGGCGCAUAGGCUCCCCGAUCGUGUGUUGAGCUUCGUCGACAUCAAGGGAAAUCUUGCCCCCGAGGACUGCUUCCUUAGUCGUCAGAUCUUUCAGUUCCCGGCCGAUGAUCCGGAGGCGUUUAUGGAUGCUUUUAUUGUCCGUACGGCAACGGCGGAGUCGUAUGCCAGUCCUUUGUAUGCAAGUACAUUGCGCGCGAGGGUCCGGUCGGGUGCUGUGAGGCCGAUCUUUGAGUCGAUGGUGAAGUUGUCGGAUGAGGAGGAUUUAAUGGGGAUGUUUCUGGGGCUGCCCUGUAGGAAGAUGUUUAUGUUCGGGGAGGAGAAUCGGGGGUUGUCGUAUUUGCCCAGGUUGGAGAAGGAGGGGAUCGAGUUGGCGAUGAUUGCUGAAAGUGGGCAUUUUCCUAUGUAUUCGAAUCCGGUGGAGAUGUAUCGCCGGAUUGCUGGGUUUUUGGAGGGUAGAGAGUGA